GGCUCCCAAAACGCGGGGCGCUGGAUGCGGGGUGCGAGUCCCGGUGCGGGGCGGCGCAGGCUGUGGCAGUGGCAGUGCCCCGGCGCGGGCGGAGCUGCGGGGGGAGCGGGGCGAGCCGCGCCUGGGCGCUCCUGUUUCUUCAUUUAGUAAAAAAAGCUGUUUGCUCUCCCCGGCCGGCCCGAAGUUGGAUGUCUUCUCAGCCCACCGGGGAGGGGAGAAGGAGGUGGGCUGGCAGGGCGAGCCCGGCGCAUCCAUCCCGCGGAGGGUGAGCGCCCUGCCGGCUCCGCGGGGGAUCCGCCGGCGGGGGCAGGCGCCGGGCUGUUCCCGGCUGCCGAGACCAUCGCCCAGGAGAGCAGCCUGGGGGGUACUGGUGCCGGGAGUCCUGCGCUGCCGCUCAGGACGCGUUUGCCGGAGAAUCGAGUGGCUGUUUUCCCUUGGGCUGCUGCGGAUGAGAGAUACAGAAAGACACCCAUUGUCAGAGGAAACAAGUGCAGCUGCCAUCGAUAGGGCUGUCCGUUUGCUCUGAAAGAGGAGACCAUGCUGAAGCAUCUUUUUAAUAUACCUUCCAUUCUGAGCAUCAGAAAAGAUCAUCUAACAUGAUCGUAGGUUUAAAUAACAAAGAUGAAUUUGACGUGACUUUUUGCUUGAUUUUGCUGCCCUGGAAUUACUGCAGAGCAGACCACUGGAAAGACACAGUGCAGGAAUAUACUCUUGUGCUGAAAUACAGUAUUUCACACCUGCAUAACCAUGUAAAAGGUAUCUUAUCUGAGCAAAGGUCAGAAGACUUUCUGAGAUGGCUUGACCUGUGAUGGAAAAACUCUUCUAGGAAACUGCUGGAGUACUUCAGCAACGGGCACCCAGCAUCUCUGCCCCAACUGAUCUGUGUCAAAGUCCAAAAUGAACCACACUUGGACAUACAACUUGAGCUUUGGUGCACCUGCAGAUCCUGUUGAGCCAAGGGCUGGACUCACAAGAAGUGGGCACACAGUAGUGGCUGUUUUUCUUGGAUUCAUCUUUUUUUUUGGUUUCUUGAAUAACUUAAUUGUCCUCAUCCUCUUCUGCAAAUUUAAAACCCUUCGUAACCCAGUCAACAUGCUCCUCCUGAACAUCAGUAUCAGCGACAUGUUAGUGUGCAUCUCAGGCACUACUCUCAGUUUUGCAUCUAACAUUCGUGGCAAGUGGAUUGGAGGGGAGCAUGCUUGUAGGUGGUAUGGCUUUGUCAAUUCCUGCUUUGGAAUUGUGUCCCUGAUCUCCCUGGCUGUCCUGUCCUACGAGCGCUACAGCACUCUCACCCUGUGCAACAAGCGCAGCGAUGACUACCGGAAGGCACUGCUGGCAGUUGGAGGUUCAUGGAUUUAUUCCCUGAUCUGGACUGUGCCACCUCUGAUCGGUUGGAGCAGUUAUGGGGUAGAAGGUGCAGGUACAAGCUGUUCAGUACGCUGGUCCUCAGAGUCAGCUGAGUCCACAUCCUAUAUCAUCUGUCUCUUCAUAUUCUGCUUGGUCGUCCCUGUGAUGGUCAUGAUGUACUGCUACGGUCGCCUCCUUUAUGCAGUUAAACAGGUUGGAAAAAUCCACAAGAAUGCUGCCCGCAAAAGAGAAUACCACGUACUGUUCAUGGUGAUCACAACAGUUAUUUGUUAUCUUGUGUGCUGGAUUCCCUAUGGAGUUAUAGCAUUACUUGCAACAUUUGGUAAGCCAGGUGUUGUGACUCCAGUUACAAGCAUCAUACCUUCCAUCCUAGCAAAAAGCAGCACGGUUUGCAAUCCCAUUAUCUACAUACUUAUGAAUAAGCAGUUUUACAAAUGCUUUCGUCAGCUUUUCCACUGCCAAUCUCCUUCCUCCACUAACGGAGAGCCCACCUGCCACUCCAAGGUAACUGUCAUCCAGCUGAAUCAAAGGAUGGAUGGCGGAAAUGUGUGCAACAAUGAACCAUAUCCAGAAAGAGACAGUAAAGUGACUUCUCUCCUGCACUCAGAGCCAAGCCUGGAGCCAAUUUCAAAAGCUAUACCACCACAGUCUUAGGAAAAUUGGCUCUGAUGGAAAGUACAAGCCUUAACCAAAGUGUGUUUUAUUUCACUGCCACAUCACUAAGCUUACUUUAAAAGUAAUAAAGGAAGUUGCCAUUUGUGAGAUUGGAAAACUGUCAAGAACAAAAAUGGUGACUCUUUCAUAAUCUCCUUAAUAACAGUAAAGAUAGACACAUAACUGCCAGGUAUGGUUCCAUGAUGACAAAAUUUUAAACAGUAUCAAUGGCUUUCCUGUAAAUUAAUUAAAGGAGGACUUAGAAGUGGUAGUUUUAGUUUUUAAUGAUCUUUGGUUCAGUGCCCUCCAGAAUCAAUCUAAAAGGCACGUUGGGCUAUCUAGUUUAGCUCCUUACCUUUCCUGCUUUCUUCCAUCUAGUGCAUAUCUUGAGAUUUCAGAUUACAUUGCUCAUAAAUAACUGUAACUUCUGACAGUCCACUCACAUUUUCACUCACGCUGGACAGUGAUGUUUGGCAGGAGGAAAGACAGUGACUUGACAAGCUAGUUUCUGAGUGGUAACAGCUAACUUAUAGCACAUUCUUGUGUUGAAGUCUAGGGUCAGCAAACUGAAAGAUGAGCUACAACAACAUGUAGAGAUUCCCACAUUCAGCAGUGGCCCUGUGCUGGAGGCUUAUCUGUCCUAGUGGAAACAGGAACACUCCUGAUACUUCCAGACCUCAUGCACACAUCAAAUGCUCAAACCCUACUCUGGGGAAAAAUGGUGAUCAGUGCCAGACACUUCUUCCUUUAGCCCCUCUAACACCAAUGACCUCCAGCCAAGGAGACCAAGUGUGGUACAGCCAACCAUCCAAACCAGCCAUCUUCUUUGUAUGAAUACAGUCCUCUCUAAAAACAGGAAAGAAAUGGGUUAAUUUCUGUCUCAUGCCUUGAAGGAUGUGAAUUCCCCUCCACAUAGGACAGUCUUAGUAUUGUAGAGCUAUUACUGCAAACUCAGUUCACAAAAAAAACAUUAAUUGAGCAUCUUUAAAAGAACAGCACCAGUUUAGACAUUAGGACAUUUACAUUAGUCCAUGUACUAGGAUAUAUUCGGUUUUUAUUCUAUUUUCUUUCUAAUGUGAUGUCUAGCUUGUUUUUCUUAAUUCCCUAAGACAGGGCUGGCAACAGAGCUCCCCAGACUACAGGUCUCACAUUCCAUCCCAUGUUUUUUAAUACCACUCUUCAACUCAGUUUCUCUCUGCUUGGUUUGAACAACAUCACAGUGAUUUACUGACACCUGUAUCCAGCAGGUAUAAGUGUGCCAAGCUGUCUAUAUUUUCAUCUACCUCACAACUCAUUUUUCCCAUCUUCCCUUCUCUCUUCAAGAUCACCUUCAGUGAUCUUAAGAAUUUUUUAAAUUGCCAAUAGCUUUUUGGCACUUAAAUAACCCCAAAUUUUUUUUUACAUUAUGUUCGAACUUUUAUGUGUUGGAUGCAGUCUCAAUAAGAAUAAGAAGAGGUAUGUGCCUGACUGCUUACUGACUUAAUCUUGGUUCUGUUAACCCGUUUUGCUUGGACAUCUAUUCUGAGAAGUCCUAUGUUGCUUUCUAUUUGUUAUCUGUACACAUCUCUUUCUGUACUAUUGCUUCCUAGGUUUUUCUUCUGUGGCUGAAUUUCUUAGCAUUUUCUCCCACAGGUAUUAUUAACCUGUAGUGUCCAAGUGUGCCUUGUUUUAUUUCCUUUCCCUAUACUGCCCAUGGAGUAUGUAUCUAUAUACUUAUUUCUUCUGUCUGUGUACUUUCACAUCAAUUUAACCUCAUCUAGGAGUUUGUUUCAUAUCUCAACACUCCUUCAGGAUUAUCAGUAUGAAUGAGAACGGCAUUGUUUGAUAACCUGUAGCGUGAACAAUUUCCAUAUUUCCAUUUCCACUUCAAUAUUUGCCUUUGUUAACAGUCCUUAUGUUAAUUUUCAGUCAAUGCACAAUUACUAAAUACAAAAAGGCACAGACUGGCUUACACAUGACCUAAGGAGCUAUUAGUAAUCAGGAUGAGACAGUCACCGUCCCAACAUCAUAUAGAGUCUGAACAGAAUUAAUCUUACUGAAAUGUUCAUGCCCAUCUCUGACCUUGCUAUCUAAAGCAUUCUUUACAGACAAUGCAGGAGACAGGUAUUUCUAGGGCAGAACUCAGACUUAUUUUAGAUGUCUCCUUUAGGAUGGGAUGAAUUGUUCACUUACAGGGAACUUUGUGACUAGACAGAAACUGAAAAUAAGAGUCUGGAGCUUCGCUAUCAAGAACCUUCUCCUCUACUCUCCUAUGUAAGUAGCUUUUGGAACUUAGUGAAAAAGUACUAUAAUGGGCUUUUCCAGGAGCACUGUAAGAAGAAAUGAAAACGAGGUGUGACGAAAUGUGCCACUGGUGCAGUUACCCACACCUGACAUAGGUAUCACAAGCUCCUUUGCUGUCAGCACAAGAAUACCACACUGUGAAAAAAAAAAAGGAUUGUGAGCAUAGAAUACUCGUUAAAAAAUACUAAAAAAUGUGUUAUUCCUAAGAAAUUAUGUGGUUGUCAGAGAAACAGUCAAAUGGCAGCUUUGUUAUAACAGUACAAUAUUAGAUGCUAAUACAGUAUUAUGUAUUUCAAAAUAUUAUAUAUUAGUAUUUCAAAAUUCUUAUAAAGAUGUGUUACCUUUUUUCCAAUUUGGCAGAUAUCUAUAGUGUUAGGAAGUAUGGUAUGGUUUAAACUCAGUCCAACUGACACAAAUAAACUGAGCUUUUACAAUCUGCACUGAGAACAUUUAAACCAGAAUUAAAUGACAAUUAAAUUCCUUGCAUGGAUGAUUUAUAUAAAUGAACAUAUACUAUGGAUUCUAAUCAAAAGGAGAAAAUGUUUUUCAAUUUGUUCUUGGCAAUUUGAAGAACUCCAAAGGUUUUGAUUUUCCAACACAAAUCUUGUAUAGUACAAUUAGGCUUUGUGCUUAGCACACUGAUUUAAAAAAGAAUGUUCUCUAGUUUACAAAUAAAUAAAAUACAGUUUAAUACACCUGACUCAACAGAUGCUGUAUGAAAGCAUCUGGAAUAAUAAUUGUAAUUCAAGCAUUCAGGAAGAAUGCAGAAUCAUUUUAACAAAAUGUAAGAGAUGCUGAAAACAUUUAGAUACACAUAAUCUGAUUAUUAUAUUGUGUCUCAUUUCAUGAACACCACAGAGUAGUUACAGAAAAGAAUUUAGCUAGACACACUAGUAAAUUUGUGUUUGCUAAUCUAUGCACUUGAAAGCAUUACAAAUAAACAUAGAGCAUUUAGAAUGUAUAGGUUUCUAUACGUUACUCUACUUCUGUAGUCUCUCUUGACUGGAUUGCAGGUAUGACAGGAAAAUAUAUCAGUCCUUGAAACUGGGCCAAAUGUGCCUGAGUUAUUCUUUGGAACAUGUAGUAAAAGUAGUUCUGGCUUUUUAAAAUACCGUGUUUCUAAAAAAAGGGUUCCUUCACCUCUGUUUAGUUCAAGAACUAUGUGACAAAUACUAAACACAAGAAAACCAAAUUAUUUAUUGAAAAACUGUCACCAAAUGGCCCUGUGUCUAAGCUUAAUAAAGUGUGCAAGACUUGUCAUCUUUGCUGUAUAAAUACUUGCAUUACAUAGUAGACCUAGAAAAUUACAUAUUUAUCACUUAAUGGUGAAUGCAAAAAGCCAUACAUUAAUCACAAUAAUAUACUCUGUAAUAUGAGCAUAGACUGGAAAAUGCUGACCAAUGAUAUCAUAUAAUUUUAAAUGUAUUAUUCAAUUUUGGGUGAUACACUAGAAUAGUAAAGAUUUUUUUAUGUGAUUUAAGAGGAGAGUUUGCUCUUUUAUGUCUGUAUUUUGGGAAGUGGGAGAUACUCAAAUUUCAGUGUGCUUUUUGUUAGAGCAAAGAAUAAUUUAAAGCUUAUGUAUUGGAGGUAUUAUUUAUUGUGUGCUAAUACUUGAACAACACUGAGCUGGAAAGAGUAAGCACUAUCCUGUUCCUUCACCAACUGCUGAUAAAACAGCCAAGUAAGUAACACCAAUAAAGGCAACUCUUAGUAUGUCUAAUUGUUUCUUUCAGUUCAUGCAAGUGUAUUUUCUUCUAAACAGAGCUGGAGAUCAGCUGCAUACUUCUGUUCAACAUGCUCUCUGAAGCCAUUUUAAAUUUAAGUUCUUAGUCAUACAAUGAUCUGAUAAUGCUGCAGUGUAAUGAUAGCCUUGCUUGUACUAUUGUCUUGAUGCAUGCAAAUGAAGAUUAAUGUUAUCAGCUAUUAAUGACAUGUAACUGUUAAAACUAUAAUGUCAGCUGUAAAGCCUCAAACAACACUUCCUUUCUCCCAAUAAUAAAGUAAUCUGGGCUUAGUUA